AUGUCUACUACUGAUUCCAAGACGGAAAUGCCCGCCUCCAACUUUGAGGUGGAUUCCGAGGAUCUUCGGCUGGAUUCCAAGAUUCGCAUGUAUGGUCUCGUCAACAAUGCCAGGCUGGCCCUGACGGCGCUGGCCCUGGCCGCGGGCAUCACCAUCCUAGGUGUAUCGGCUGAUUCCGUCGCCGUCUAUAAUGCCACACACGUUCCUGACGACUUCCUACUUCCGCUGUGGCCAUCCAACCUGGAUUUCCGCCCAACUGUGGCUUUGGUGGCUGGAAGUGCCAUUGUGAUUGUGGCCAAUGCUAUGUCGCUGCUUGCCAGUAAGACCCAAGUUGUACGGAGCCAUUCAGGAGCACACAUGGCUUUGUCAUUUGCCGCCCCGGCUAUCGCUUUCAUUGCUGCCAUGAUUGCCAUGUCCUUCUUCUACGCCGUAAACGCAUCGACCACAGCCGAUUCGUUCCAGAGCUGGACAUGCCGGUGGAAGGACGUGGCUAUGAUGACACAGCCCCACUUCGGGACUCUGUGCAAGCAGAGCAAGGCUGGACUGGGUCUCUCCGUGUUCCUGGUGCCCCUCCAGGCCAUCAUUCUGGGGAUGGCGGGAUACCAGGCUAGCAUUCAGAGACAAGUCGACCAAGCCGCGCAUGGUCCCGAACACAAGACGGGAAGCCCGGCAAUGUCUUAG